UCAAUUUCGGCCACGGCGCGCAGAGAAGCCCCACUGCGCGCAUCGGCCCGCCCGAAAACCUACGGGCGCUUCCGGAGAUGGCCCGCCUACGCUCUACCUUGCAGCUGAUUGCCGUGUUCAUAUUUAGCCAGCUUCAUGCCGCCUCCUCCUUGCGUUCUGAACCCAGGGAUGAGUCGCCUGUGGUGCUCAACGAAGACCUUUGUGGCAGGCCGGAGGCUCCGCGCAUGGAGAGCCAGUCCCCCGCCACCGAUGGCAUGUUCCAGGACGCGCGAUUGAUCGGCUCCUUCGCGCUGGGCAUCGCCUUCAUGCACGCCAUGGAGGUGCUGAAACCAGGCAGAGGUACAUCGCGAAAGUUCGAGCUCUACCCCUAUGUGCUGUGAAGCAGACACUGGGGCGGAGUCCUGGCGCACAUUGCCCGUUUUCACGUCCUCUGCAUGCAGAUGCAGAGGGAGAUCGCAAGGGAGGAGAUUUCCCUGGCCACAUGGAAAGAUGUCACCCUCUGUGGCGGCUCGCAGCCUCCUCGCAAUGCGACCAGGCUGUGAGGGACAAUGCCGCACAUGGCAUUCGUGCAUGGCAUUGGGAGCUGGCUGAUUCUUGAGUCGGAAUGCAAAAGCACUGGUAAUGUUGUUGGUUCACUUGCAAAGCAGACCAAUGAGGAUGGCGUGCUUUCGGAAGCUCAGGGAAUUGCACCAUGUCUUGCA